UAUGGCGUGAUAAGGUGGGAGUGUUCAGAACAAAAUCAGAACGAACUCACAAGAAAACCCAAAUUCCAAAAGUUCAAUUAAAAACCAGAAAUGAAAGAGAAAGAGAAAAUAAAAGGGAAACGAAAACGAAAUCCCACUCGUACACAGCUGCCAUUGCGCUGCUCACAUCUGCUAAUUUGUUCUGUUUAACUCUGUUUUUUAGGCUCUUCUUUCGAGUUCUGAGGAGCUCUGCAAUUUUCGAACGAAAAGAAAAAUGGGGUGUGAGUGCAACAACAAUGGCGUCAUUGGCCGCAGUAGAAUCUUGUGUGCGACUCUUUCUUUUCUCUUUUUUCUGAUUUUGGCAUCGACCCAGAUGAGAUUCAUGGCUGAAGGCAGAUCUAUUCCAAAGAGUGGCAAGACAGUGAGUGAAGAUAAAGUGGUAUUACGAGGACAAAUUGGGUCAAGGCCUCCAAAAUGUGAGAGAAGAUGCAGCUGGUGUGCACACUGUGAGGCCAUUCAAGUUCCUGCAAACCCACAAAAGUCUUCAACAAUGAAGAACAUAGCUUAUGCUAGAGAUGAAGCCUCAAAUUACAAACCCAUGAGCUGGAAAUGCAAAUGUGGGAGCUUAAUCUUCAACCCUUAAGUAGAUGAUCAUCAUCAACUCUGUAAAUUAGUGAUUAUAUGAUUGUUUCUUUCACUAAACACUCUCGAGAUGUCUCUCUCUUUUGUUCUGACACUCUUGAGGGUUGAAAGCAGGCAUUUGAUGAAGAGAAUUAUGAACUGGGUUUCUUUUCUAACAUGCAACUACUUCGGAUUCCUUC